AUGGACAAUAGCAAGAGCGAGUCAGUGAGCAGUAGAGCUGAGCAAAUGAGUUGCAGUUGGAGAUUGUGCCCAGUCAUAGACGGUGCCAAGCAUCACGUCGUCAUCUUGGUUGCAGAUGGUGCUUUCUCCAAUGCGCUGCUGAAAAAGUACGAGGCUAGGUUCCAUGAUCGUCGUUGCAAUAAAGACAUGCCGCCACCACCCAUUGAACCUCAGCCUAAGGGCAAAGCUGCUGGCCGGGGUCGUGGGAAAGGCAGAGGUAGAGGAAAAGGGAAAGACUCGCAGGCAAAAGGCAAAGACCAGGACGAGGGCAAGGAUACGGGUACUGGUGCGGACAAGAAGGGUGAGAAAACCAAAAAACCACCAUACCUUCUGACAAACCUUGUCCGGACCGGAAACCAAAUGUCAGGCGCAUCCACGUGGUCAAUUCUGAUCAAAUCAUUAGAACGCUUGGUGUUCGAGAGGCUGCAGCUUCUUCCUUUGUCUUCUCGUUCUGAUGAACACUUGAUAGCAAACCAAGAGACUAUGAAGCUUUUGGGGGUCCUGCCAGCCGACUUCAAUAUCCAGACAUUCGAUGACCAGCAGGGACCGGGAUGGGAACCAAUGGAAAACAAAACUCCAGCUCUCCUGGAGUCUGCUGCUGAAUUCUUGAGGCUGGUCGGCUACUCCAACUGGCAAACGUCGGACAUCUCAGUUUAUGUGGCGGACUCGGCGUUGAGAGAUGAUGUAAGAGGGGUUGCCAGUGUAGCUAACUUCGCGAUGUCGCUGGCACUUUGCCACGGGUUGCUGAAGUCCAACAAUCCGAUGCAGAUGCGUAUAGGGCACAGCAGCGCACAAGGAGAACAAAGCUGGCAACGUGGUCUUGUCCUGAGUUCUUGUCACUGCCGCAUUGCCUUUUUUUAUUUGAUUGUCGGUAAGAAGAGGGGCCGGAGUCCAGAGAAGAAUGCGACUGUGGUGCCGACAUGGGCCGCCGAUCCAAUGACUCCGCUGAAGCUCUAUUUGCUCGUGGUGUCCAAUAGCCCAAUUCGUCUGAGUUUGACUGAGGAAGAAAUUCAAGCAGGCUUUUCGGCGAUUUGUGGCCGUGCUGUCGGUUGCAAGUCGGCAAGGGAACAGAAUAGUGAUUUGACUAAGCUGGGAAGCGUAGUGGACCAGAGCUUCAAUUUGGAGACACUUUUGGCGCGCCCAGGCCAAGAGAUUGCAAAAGGCAUGGCAUCACCUGCUUUCAAAGAAUGGCUGAAGACUUGUGAUGAAAGCCUUUGGCAAUUUGGCGCGCUCUGGCAACAGCGUCAUAAAAGCACAGUCAAAGAGGGUACAAAGAGGAAGGAAGAGACGGAAGAGAGAUGA